AUGAUGGUUUUUCGAUCUGUCCUCUACCUCCUGCUGGCUGGCUCUGCCGCUGCAAGUAGCCACGAAUUCGGCCGCCGGGACCUCUUGGUCACUGAAAGCGUGAAGACCUCUUGCGACCAGCUCAGUGCGAUCGCCUCCAACGCCACUCUCUUCCCCAACACCACAGCAUAUGAGACUCAGCGCAUCAACGUCUGGGACAAGAGAGCUAAUCGUAACCCGGCUUGCAUCUAUAUGCCCAGCACUGCGGAUGAUGUGGCCAAGGCGAUUGAGAUCUUCUACACCAACAAAGCGCCGUUCGCUAUCAAGGGCGGAGGUCACAUGAACUACCCUGGGGCCAACACAAUCGACGACGGAAUUCUCCUGGCCCUGAACAACGUUAAUGCCCUCAAGGUCAACGCCGACGAGAACACGAUCGAAGUUGGACCGGGCAACAAGUGGGUGGACGUCUACACGGCUCUGCACCCAUACGGACAAUACACCAUUGGCGGCCGUCUCAAGACCAUUGGCGUCCCGGGACUCACCCUAAUCGGCGGUAUCAGCUACUUCCUCAAUAAAUAUGGAUGGACAAUGGACAACGUCCUCAGCUACGACGUCGUCCUCGGAGACGGAACCCAGAUCGUUGCCAACAGCACGUCAAACCCUGACCUUUUCUGGGCUCUCAAGGGUGGCGGCAGCAAUUUUGGUCUUGUCACCAAGUUUGUGCUGAAGACGUACAACAUUCCCCAGGUCGCCAGCACCCUACAAAACUUCCCCGAGUCCUCCAUCCCUGCCUUCCUCGAAGCGACUUGCAACAUGGUGCUUUACGACGACGGAAGCGUGGCUUCCGGUGCCGUCAUCACACUUAACUACAAUGUGACUACCAAGGUGCCCAGUGCCCAGGUCUUCGGUCUGCAGGAGAAGGUUGAGUCGCCGCCUUCGCGCUUUUCCAACUUUACUGCCAUUCCUGAUGCGACUAGCCGUACGCACAACGUGACGGAACCCGUCUACUGGCACUCACAAAUGAUAUCUCCUAAUCAGUUGUUCCGUAUUCAGUUCGCCCACCAGACCAUGGAGCCCAACGCUACCCGCCUCUACGAAAUUUACCAAGCCUGGGUUGAAGCCAUUCAGGAUGUUUCUGACGUAGAGGGUCUCCGCCCUGGUUUGGUCCUAAACCUUCUCCCCAAAACCGCGGCUUCUGUCGCCAAGACGAACGGUGUUGGUAAUACUUUUGGACUCGACGACGAUCAGUCCUACAUUUUGUGGCAAUUUACCACCUCAUGGGCCCGCGAGGAGGAUGAUCUGAGAAUGACCACAUGGCACCAAUCCCUUCUUGCACGCCACCACGAAAUCAACAAGCAGCUGGGUAUCGCUACCGAGUUUGUCUAUAUGGGCGACGCUGGCGAGUGGCAGAAGCCUUUUCCGGCAUACGGCGCUGAUAAUCUCGAGAAAAUGAGACAGGUCCGGGAUCAGUACGACCCUGACCUUGUCUUCACCAAGCUCAACUGGGGUGGAUUCAAGCUGGGAUACUAA